CUUGUUUUUUAUUCUCUCUUUUCUCUCUUUUAACACACAUUAUUGGUUAAUAAUAAAUGGCAGAUACAACACAACCACAGCAACACCAUUUACUUCAUCCUCAUGAAAUCUAUGCAACCAAUCAAUCUGGUUACGCAAAUGAGCUGCAUCAACAGCAACAACAACAACAGCAACAACAACAAUCACCUAUAGAUCCAAUUCGCCCUCAUCCACUAUAUCAACAGCAACAACAACCAAUAUCACAAGCGCCUUAUGCAUUGCAACAUAUGCCUCAUUCACCACCUAGUAUGCAUCCUCCACCUCCUCCUUCCAUUGCUUAUCGGACAAUCGAACAGUCUGUUCACACAAUCCCACCCGCAGCCAAUGAUCCUACAGCUGGACAAGUAGAAGAACCUCUCUAUGUGAAUGCUAAGCAGUACCAUCGUAUUUUGAAACGAAGAGCAGCAAGAGCCAAAUUGGAAGAACUCAACAAAAUGUCAAGAGCAAGAAAACCUUAUCUACACGAAAGUCGACACAAACAUGCUAUGCGUAGACCUCGAGGACCCGGAGGUCGUUUUUUGACUGCAAAAGAAGUGGAAGAAUUGGAGCGAACAGGAAAACUGCCUACACAAUCAUCAAAUGAUGUACAUGGAAUUGGGUUACCAAGUUGAACAACGUCUCCUUUUUAAACACGUAGUAUAAAUAAAUAAAUAUAUAUAUAUAAAAUUCAUGUGAGAUUCUUUAUCUUUUUUUUUUCUUUUUUUUAAAUGACAAAGAACGAAAAUAACCAUAAACUACCUCAUCUCACUAUACAGUGACCCUAUUGCUAUCAGAAAAGCAAAAAGAGAAAAAUCGAUACCCAACUUGACAAAACCCAAUACUG